AUGGUUCGCGGUCCGGUUGGCGUCUUUGGCAGCGCAGUCUCGCGGCCGACGCUCGAAAUCCUGCCAGACUCCCCCUUCGUCGUCCUCUAUGGCCUCCCCUCCGAAGCCCAGCAGGUCGAGCUCACCGGCAAGCUCGUCCUCACCAACCACGAGUCUAUGGCCGUGAGGGGCAUAAAAGUGAAUUUAUCCGGCAUGCGCAAGAUCUCGUGGAUGACCAACACUGUGACGCCGCAGCCCAUUGUGUCCAAGCGGACCUUCCUGAAGGACGAGCUUAACCUGUUCCCUGCUGACGGUGUGAAAAACAAAGCCCACAAGAUUAACCCGGGCGUCCACGAAUGGACCUUCAAGUUUAUCAUUCCAGGCGAUGCGGACGAGAGUGUCGAGGGGCUGGUGGGAAACUACAUUGUCUACAAUCUGAAUGCCGUGGUGGACAGGGGAUAUAUCUCGAAGCAGAUAUGUGCAACAAGGCAUGUGCGGAUUGUGCGGACGCUGGGGCAGGACCUCAUGGAGUCUGUGCCAAUGGAGCAGAUCAACGAAGAUAUCUGGGGCUCAAAAUUGGCCUACAAGAUCACCGUUCCUCAGAAAAACUACAUUAUCGGCACCUCGAUCCACGCCGACUUCGUCCUGGUUCCUUUACGGAAAGGCGUCGAGAUUACGACCAUCAAGUUGGAAGUAGUAGAGCAUAUGGUCCUGACCAGCGAGUACACCGGGCGCACUAUCUCACAUGCCAGAGACCAGGUCGUAGCUUCAACAGAGAGCAACAUGCCCGAGAAUUCUGCGAAUCUCGUUCCCGACGGUGCUGAAGAGGGAGAUGAGCUGUUCGACGAGUCACACCGCUUUUCGAUGACCCUGGAACUCCCUCGAUCACUGAAGUCAUGCAGGCAGUCGGUGGAUACGGAUCACAUGAAAAUCGUGCACAAACUGCGAUUAUACGUGAAUCUGCACAACCCCGAGGGGCACACGAGUCAGCUUUUGGUCAAAAACCACCUCCAUCUAUUCAUAUCACCCAAUCUUCCACCCAAUGAGGACCAGAGCGUGCUCAUCGAUCACAACAUACUCUCUUCCAAUGCUUUGCGGGACGAAGCGAAUCAGACUGCCCCACCUCUAUACGGACUACAUCAGCUUGAUGAGCUCUACAACGGCAUUGAUACCAGCGGCUUUAUGACCCCUGGUGGCGCCAAUAGUGGAUUCAACACGCCCUUCUACAGCCAGAGUCGAAGUGGAUCCAACGAGGACAUCCCAACGACCCUUGAUGCGGUUGCACAUGAAGACGGCCCUGGCGCUUCUGCCAGUGCCCUCCACACCCGUCUCAGCAACCUCAGCAUGGCCCAAAAUGGCCGACAAGCCCGGUUCAUACCGCCCAACAAUACGGAUAGAGGUAGAUCAUUUCACUCGUCCGGCAAUAGCACACCCCACACCGAAGACCAAGGCAGCAGCAGCCAGCCCAACAGCUAUCGCUCUGGCAGAGGCUACUUCGACAUGACGAGGGGCAGUGCCAACCCCGUCGAAGAGUCCGGUUCUGCCGAAUACAACAUGGAAGCUCUGUCCAAAAUCCCCAGCUACAACACCGCCGUCCGCACUCCUGCUCGCACCCCUCUCAGCGAGAAUCUCCCAACCUACGAAAUCGCGACAAGUAGACCCGCAAGCCCUACCCACACUCCCCGUAGCGACCACAACACGCCGUCACCCGCCCGCAGUCUCGACACCCUCACCGAGGAGACAGAACGCAAUACUGAGCUGAACUCGCGGCGAGCUUCACCUACGCGUGAGGCCGCUGGGUCCGGCGAACAGAGGUAA